AGCAAGAGAGCAUGAUGCAAUAACCAUAGCAGAGAUAAAUAUCUCAGUCUUUAUUAUUUAGUAAAAAAUCUGUGUAAUUUGUCGAAGAUAAUCUUUUUCGUGUAGCUCAUCAGUGGACCUCCAGGCGUUCUUGAGAUUUUGGCUCGACCGGGCUCGACGUAGAAAAAAUAAGCGAUGGUUCUGGAAGUUUGUCAAAUAAUAUUUGACAAUCCGGAUCUCGUUUAUUAUGCAGGACAUACCAUUUCUGGCAAGCUUUUAGUCAGCAAUGGAUCGACGGAAACAGCUGUAAGAGUAAUCUACAUUGAAAUCAGAGGAGUAGGAACGGUUGAGUGGGUUGUAACCAAAGAUAUGCGAAAGCGAAAUGUAAGGACAAAUAGAUACGAAACUCGAACUGUCACAACAGAACAUACAAAUCAAGAAACGUACGUUGUGGAAAAGAUUUAUGUUUUUCAAGGAGGAUGUGAUGACGCUCUGGAGAGCGGUGAACACGAAUUCGAAUUCAACAUUAUUCUCCCUCAAGACAUCCCGUCGUCCUUUGAAAGCGAGCUCGGCCAAAUCCGCUACACAAUCAGUGCCAUUGUGGAAACACCCUGGGCGACUGACCAAGAAGCGAUUAGAACUGUUACCAUUGUAAAUCCAAUCGAUUUGAAUGAAGGUCCGCAGUUAGCGGAGCUGAUUAGCAUAAACAAAACAAGAUCAUUCCGUUCCCUUUUCUGGACAUCGGGGACCGUGAACGUUAACCUUUCACUCCCUGUUGGCGGCGCUGUUCCAGGCGAAACGCUUUUGCCCACUCUGGACAUUGAAAAUCUUUCCAGGGUUCAUAUUAGCAACAUUGAGAUGAGUUUCAAAAGGCGGGUAGUUUACAAAGCGAGCGAUGACACCAAAAAAACUGUCCUAAAAACCAUCACAUCAAAAAAUCUGGGACAUAUCCACUCGCGUCAGUCGAAAAUGUUUCAAGAAGAACCUGUCUAUAUUCCUGUGUUUCUCGCCUCAAACUUGAAACAAUGUAAAAUCAUUGACCUGGACCAUUUUUUGGAGGUAAAUUUCAUUCCCCCGGGCUUCCACUUCAGAUUUAACGUCAAAUUGCCAGUCGUGCUUGGCACUGUACCCCUGCGCCAAAGCUCUGAUACAGGCAGCCAACCAACUGAACCAAAUUACCCACCUAUUGGCUGGAACAUCAGCAGUGAUCCUACCUUGUCCGCUUCCGCAGAUGAAGUGCCCAGCUACUCUGAUUUGCCUCCUCCGACUUACGAAGAAUCCGUUUUUGAGGGUUCCGCUGCAUCAGCACCUGGCAAUGAUGAUGAGGAAACUGAAGACUAAAUAACGUGUGGUGUGUGUUUUUAAAUUGUUUUUUUAAUGAUCGAGCUCUGCAUGAAACAUGUAUUGCUUCUAUUCUGGCAUCAUCAAAUAAAAAAAAUUGUCAAUUAGU